AUUUGAACACUGCACGUGUGGAGAAAGAAAAUUGAUCGGGUGCUUAUAGUUUUAUCGAGUUGUUGUAACAUGUCCCUGAAAGAUUUAUGAUUGAAUAUAUCCUAUAAUUAUGUGAAUUUGGGAGGCAGUUUCUUGAGUAAAACUUCACCAGUGGUAAAGAAAUUGAACAAACUUCGCAGACAAGGCCCAAAUCCACAUUUGUUGAUACCAGCCAAGAUGAGGGAUGAACCAGAAGGAAACAGCAUUAUGCAGAAGAGCAAACUGCGUCUUUAUGCACCUGUGACCCCAAACAAAACAUCUCUAAGCUCACAUUCCAUGGCGGCCGCACGCAAAAGUAAAAGACAUAAGCUUACUGCAGAUGACAUUAAUUUGGAUCACAUGGAUGAUAAGUUCCUGAUGAAGAAAGCCAAGAAGGUUGACAUUUCACAGACCUGCACAUUCAACUCUUUGAACUUCACGACAUCUACAACUGUUGGUCAGUCUGAUACUUUGAUAUCCCAAAGCAAUGUUUCCAAUGCUGGAGGAAGCCGUGCCAAAAAAAUAGAUAUGAGCUGGGAAAAUGCUGUUGAAACUGCAAGGGGUCAACCUGAUGGGGCAGAAAGAUCAUUUCAUGAGACAAAACUUUCUCGUGUUGAUGAAGACGAUGAUGAAGGAUCCAUUGGUGCAGCUAAAUCAGUGGAAAAUGAUGAUGAAGAGGAAGAACUGCCAGCUGCUGAAGAAAAGAAGAAAAAGUCAAUAAAGACCCAGAUAAAAACAGCUGCUAGAAGAUUAAAGUCAUUCAGAGUUAAAGGUGGGAAAUCUGGAGGGGCUGAGCCUGGAACUCCUGGAAAGAGAAAGAUUGUGAAUCCAGCAUUGACAGAUGAUACAUGUAAUCCAGAAUCACCAAAGAAGAAACUGAAGUUUGAGGAAAUGACCAGGAAAGAGAGGAAAAAGAUGAGACGGCUAAUGAAAAACAACAGUGAACUAAUAAAGUCCUCUAAGAAUGUCUGGGAAGAAUUAAGAAGACAUGAUCUAGCUGAGGAACGCAGAAUUGAGCUCUGUGAUGUUCUGUAUAAGCACGUCAAAGGAAAAGUGAAGGAGAUGGUAUUUGCACAUGACACAGCUAGAGUGAUUCAGUGUUUGAUUCAGUUUGGUGACCCAGAUCAGAGGCAAAUGGUAUUUGAAGAAAUGAAAGAUCAGAUGGUUCCAAUGGCAAAAUCCAAAUAUGCAAAGUUUGUUGUAAGAAAAGUUUUAAAAUAUGGGACAAGACCACAAAAAAAUUUUGUGUUCAAGGCAUUUCAUGGGAAUGUUCGCAAAUUGAUUAGACACAAGGAAGCUGCAGAGGUCGUGGAGUAUGCUUACAAUGAGUAUGCCAAUGCCAGCCAGAGAUUAGCUUUGCUUGAGGAGUUCUAUGGGCCUAGCUUUAUCCUAUUCAAGACUUUUGAGACAAAAUGUUUGGAUGACAUCAUGCUGAGCCAACCUGAUAAGAAGGACAUGAUUCUAAGCAAUAUGAAAGAAGCCCUUCUGCCUCUUGUAGACAAAUCAAUCCUUAUGCAUUCCUUGGUUCAUAGAGUGUUCUUCGAGUUUUUCCACUAUGCCAAUAGCAAAAUGAAAACUGAUAUGAUUGAAGUGUUACGAGAGGGACUUGUCAGUAUGCUGCACACUAGGGAUGGAGCAAGAGUCGCCAUGCAGUGUGUGUGGCAUGGCACCACAAAGGACAGAAAAAUCAUCAUCAAGAGUUUAAAGUCCCAUGUUGUCAAAGUUUGUCAGGAGGAGUAUGGCCAUAUGUUGUUACUGGCAUUAUUUGAUGUGGUAGAUGACACAAGAAUACUGCAAAAGAUUAUAAUAGAUGAAAUGUUAAAAUCUGUGGAACAGGUAGCCACGGAUCAGUAUGGAAGAAAGGUGUUGAUAUACCUGCUCAGUCCGAGAGACCCACUCCAUUUCCACCCAGACAUUGUCAGAAUCUUACAGGAGGGUGAUAAAAACACAACAAGUAAGAAGGACAUGUCCACAAGACACAAAGAGCUGCUGGAAGCUGUGUCUGAGCCCCUGCUUCAGUAUGUUAUCGAUCACACAAAAGACCUUGUGCUGAACAACGCUUCGCUUCUCUUCUUGCUCUCCAUCCUCACUCAUGCUCAAGGGGACCCAACACAGGCUAUGGAAGCUGUGGCCAAGAUUGCAGCCGAACCAUUCACUGCAGGAAGUUUGGAUAACUUCCACAUUGUUGAACACCCAGCCGGCCACCUGACCUUGAAGCGGCUUAUCCUGAAUGACAAAGACAGAUUGCAGCAAGGAAACACAGUUUUGUUCUCUCAAGUGUUGAUGAAUACACUGCCCUCAGGACGUCUGAAAUCUUGGGCAGCUUGUAACAGGGGCUGUUUCAUUCUCCUGGGGCUCUUGGAGUUGGAAAACCCAAAGGUAACAGCAGAGGUCCAGAAACAACUGGCCGGAGUUAAAAAGUCUCUGAAAAAGAUGACAUUCAAAGGAUCACAUAUUCUCCUCCAAAAACUUGGGGACACGGACUGAACUUAGAAGAGUGCCAAAAGAGAAAAAUGUCUAUAUCACCUUAAUUAAAUUGGGGAAAUGACUUUGACUGAUAAAUGCAACUGUUGUGUGUGUGAAACUUCUUAUUCUGGAUAUAAGAGGAGGAGCAGUCCAGAUGCAAGAGUAGAAUUCUUCUGGCAGGAUUAUUGAUUGAAAAUUCCAUUGAAAUGUCUCCAGCCAAAUUGUUGACUGUACUCUGUCUUAGCAGAUAUGUAUGUUCUGUGGACAGGCUGAUCAUCUCUUGUACAUAAUGACACAUCCACAGGAAGAUCAGAUUCAGUGGAGCAUCUCAAGAACUGGCUGAACCUUUGAUUAAACUGUGAUGAAAAUGGCUUACCUUGUGCUGAAUUGUCAUGAAAAAUUAGUUCUGUUUAUGAAUUGUUCCAUGUUAUGUUGUGGCAGUGAUAAUGUCAGGGAUGCAGGCACUGUUGUUAUUUUACAUUUACAUUUAACAUACAAUAUUAGCAAUAAGGGUGUAUAUGUAGCUAUAUUCUUCUUUCACAGUAGCCACAGUUUUACUGAUUUUUAUGUUUAAAAAGUAUAUUGCAGCUUUCACAUGAUCUGAACAAGCUGUUCUCCUGGAGAUACUAAGUUUCAUUUCCAUGUACUUCUGCGGAGGAAAUUUCCACAAAGCGCUAAAUGUACCCGUAGACCGAUCUAGUCUCUUAAGAUGUACUGUAUGGAGCGAAUGUCUGCCAUUUGAAUAUACUAUGUCUUCUACAACAUGGCUUUUCGAAGGAAAUUUUCUGUCAAUACCAUAUUCCCAAUGCUGAGCUUCAUCUUCACGACUUUCAAAACUUCAAAGAAUUUUUUACAUAUUUUUUUGUGACAGCUGUGUCCUAUAUCAUUUUUUCCAUGCAUAUUUAAUGGCAGACUUGAUGUUCACUUUAAAGGAGAAGAAAACUUAAAAUCAUGACACUAUACGCUGAAAAGAGCACAUUUUUUUCUAUCUGGUGGUGCCUGCUGUGUAAUUUUGCGAUUUUUCCUCGCCAUACACAUAAAGCCUGAAUACAGUAAAGCUGGCCGUAUCCAUCGCAUCCUCCAUCUUUAACACCCUGUAAUUUAUGCUGGGUGGGGGAGGGGGCGGGUGUUGCCUCUCAGCAAAUGCGAAUUGUUAAAACUGGUUGUUUGCAUAAACUCAGAACCUACGUCCAACAUUCCAGAUUCCCGAUCGUCAAGCGGAAAACGAACUGUAUUGUCCACUACCUUCUGGGAGGAAGAGUUAUACUGGAAAUGUACGAACUGCACUUUGUCGGUUUCUGACGGCAAUUCUCCUCCUAACACAGAAGACUUCAGUAAUAGUUCUUAGGCAAAAUGGAGUCGCCCACAGCAGAUGUUGGCCCUAACUUUAUUUAUAAUUUUUUGACAGAAGGUACAAAUUAGAAUGUUUUUCAAGGCAAGCACCUGCGAGGAAAUGCAUACUCUUUUCAAUGUUAUUUAAUUGAUAUUUAAAUUUUCUUCUCCUUUAAAGGUUGAUAUUGUUCAGAAUUUGAUAGUGCAAUAAAUACUAAUGCAUUUCCAUCUAUACACAAAAAUUAGUAAUAGCAGACAUUCUCUCCUUUUCAUAUAGUAUGUGUUAAAGAGACUAGAGUGGACUAUGGGUAAGAUGAGAGCUGUGAAAACCUUCAAGUUGGAAAUGAAUACUUUCGGAGAAAAACCUUUUUCAACCUGAAUGACAUAAAGAAGUUAAAGUUGCAAAUUUUCACACAUUCUGCUUAAUUCUUUUGUAGCACAUACUUGAAUAAAUGAAAAGAAUUUUUAUUUACUUCCAAGACCUCGUAUUAAGACAUGUAAGCACAUGAUGAACAUGCAGCUUGAAAUAUAAUUGUUUUUUCCAGGUUUUAUUUGGAUUUCACAAACAUUGAAAUUUUCAUUUAUGAAUGGAGAUAUGUUGAGAAAUAUGUAUCAAGGAAUUAAAACAUGUUUUAUAUACUAGAACCUAUUUAUGUUGUUUCGCAUGUAAAAUGGCUAUUACAGAGGCAAAGAGUAUUUAUUUCUUGUCAGUCAAGUUGCCUCACCAUUGGAGAAGGCAAUAGAGAGGAUAUUUAACCCAAAUACUUACUUUGCGCAUUUUAUUAGUGAUAUUUGCAAGCCCUAUAUGUUUCACUUCUUUGUAAAUAUGGUUUUAAAGCCUUGAUUUGUUUUGAUUACUGUUGAGGAAUACACUUGUGGUCAUUAUUAUUGUUCUGAUAUUGUCACUUUACUCAAGCCUUUGUGACAAAUAAAGCAUUGCCUUAAUUUCA